CCACCGUCAUCGCAUGACGGAACAGGAGGAGGAUGAGGAGCUGCUGGCUGAGUCAAACAAGUAUGCGAAGGUCAUUACACGCUUUGAGGAGAGCCCCAGUUAUAUCAUCAAUGGUACUAUGCGUGACUACCAGAUACGUGGUCUGAAUUGGAUGAUUGACCUGUAUGAGAAUGGUAUCAAUGGUAUCCUCGCUGAUGAGAUGGGUCUUGGAAAGACUUUGCAAACCAUCUCUCUCCUUGGUUACAUGAAGCAUUUCCGAAACAUCCCUGGACCUCACAUGGUCAUUGUGCCCAAGUCAACAUUGCGCAAUUGGGAGAAUGAAUUCAAAAGGUGGUGCCCCUCUCUGCGUGCUGUGUGCCUCAUUGGUGACCAAGAGACAAGGGCAACAUUCAUCCGUGAGGUAAUGAUGCCAGGAGAGUGGGAUGUCUGCAUCACCUCGUAUGAGAUGUGUAUCCGUGAGAAGUCAGUCUUCAAAAAAUUCAACUGGAGAUACAUGGUGAUUGAUGAGGCUCACCGUAUCAAGAAUGAAAAGAGCAAACUUUCUGAAAUUGUGCGAGAGUUCCGUACCACCAAUCGUCUCCUCUUGACUGGCACACCAUUGCAGAAUAACCUUCAUGAACUCUGGGCCCUGCUUAACUUCUUGUUGCCGGAGGUCUUCAGCUCUUCAGAGGACUUUGAUGCCUGGUUCAACACAAACAGCUGCCUCGGGGAUCAAUCCCUGGUGGAACGUCUUCAUGCUGUUCUUCGCCCCUUCUUGCUUCGUAGGUUGAAGUCAGAUGUAGAAAAGAGGCUGCUGCCCAAGAAGGAGACAAAGGUGUAUAUCCAGCUCUCCAAGAUGCAGCGUGAAUGGUACACCAAGAUCCUGAUGAAAGAUAUUGAUAUUGUGAAUGGUGCUGGACGCACAGAGAAGAUGCGACUGCAGAAUAUUCUCAUGCAGUUGCGUAAAUGUUGCAACCACGUGUAUCUCUUCGAUGGUGCUGAGCCUGGCCCACCUUACACUACUGAUUAUCAUCUGGUGGAGAAUUCUGGAAAGAUGAUCGUUCUGGACAAAUUAUUGCCGAAGCUUCUGGAGAUGGGGUCUCGUGUGCUGCUCUUCUCCCAGAUGACACGUAUGUUGGACAUUCUGGAGGAUUACAGCGUGUGGCGUAAAUACUCAUACUGCCGCAUUGAUGGUCAGACCUCCCAUGAAGACAGGCAGAGGCAGAUUGAUGAAUUCAAUGAACCUGAUUCAAAGAAGUUCAUCUUCAUGUUGUCAACUCGUGCUGGUGGCCUCGGUAUCAACUUGGCCACAGCUGAUAUUGUCAUCUUGUAUGAUUCUGAUUGGAAUCCACAGAUGGACUUGCAGGCUAUGGACAGAGCCCAUCGUAUUGGCCAGAAGAAGCAGGUGAAGGUGUUCAGGUUCAUUCAGGAGAACUCCAUGGAAGAGAAGCUGGUGGAACGUGCCGAGGUGAAGCUGCGUCUUGACAAGAUGGUCAUCCAGCAAGGUCGCUUGAUGGACAACAAGUCUAACGCCCUUGCCAAGGAUGAGAUGUUAGCCAUGAUUCGUCAUGGUGCCAAUGAAGUGUUUAAGGGGAAGGAUGAUGAGUUUACUGAUGAAGAUAUUGAUGUUAUUCUUGGCAGGGGAGAAGAGAAGACAGAGGAACUCAACAAGAAGUUGGAGUCUAUGGGAGAAUCGUCACUCCGCCAGUUCACAUUGGAUGUUCCCACCAACUCUGUGUAUCAGUUCGAGGGUGAAGACUACAGGAACAAGCAAAAAGCCAUUGUUGGGAUGUGGAUUGAACCCCCCAAGAGAGAGCGGAAGGCUAACUAUGCCGUCGAUGCCUAUUUCAGGGAAGCUCUCCGUGUAUCUGAGCCAAAGGCACCUAAGGCACCCAGACCCCCUAAGCAGCCCGUGGUACAAGACUUCCAGUUCUUCCCCCCCAGGCUGUUUGAGCUUCUUGAUAAGGAGAUCUACUAUUACCGCAAGACUGUCAGCUACAAGGUACCCAAAAAUCCGGAGUUCAUGGCAGACGCAGCUCGUAUUCAGAAGGAGGAGCAGAAGAAGAUUGAUGAAGCAGAACCAGUUACAGAAGAGGAGAUGGAGGAGAGGGACCAGCUCCUGACACAGGGUUUCCUCAACUGGAGCAAGCGUGACUUUAACCAGUUUAUUAAGGCGAAUGAGAAGUAUGGACGUGAUGAUAUUGAGAAAUUGCUAAGGGAAGUGGAAGGCAAGACACCAGAGGAAGUCAUGGAAUACUCUGCUGUGUUCUGGGAACGGUGUUCUGAGCUCCAGGACUGCGACCGCAUCUUGGCACAGAUUGAGAGAGGAGAAGCCAAGAUCCAGAGAAGAGCCUCUAUCAAGAAAGCUUUAGAUGCUAAGAUGGCACGGUACAGGGCACCAUUCCAUCAGCUGCGAAUUUCUUAUGGAACCAACAAGGGCAAAAAUUAUACCGAGGAGGAAGACAGAUUCCUUGUUUGUAUGCUUCACAAGCUUGGUUUUGACAAAGAAAAUGUUUAUGAGGAGUUACGAGCAGCUGUAAGGUCAGCACCCCAGUUCCGCUUUGAUUGGUUCAUCAAGAGCAGAACAGCUUUGGAACUGCAGCGUCGUUGCAACACACUCAUCACUCUGAUCGAACGCGAGAACCAGGAACUGGAGGAAAAAGAACGGGCGGAGAGGAAGAAGGGCCGACCGAAGGGACUAUAUGUAAAGUCUGGGAAGAGAGGCAUUGGCACACAGGACGGCAGAGGGAGGAGAAAGAAGAAGGUGGCUGAAUAAGGGGUGAAAGGGAAAAAGGGGAUAGGGUCAGGGGGGAGGUACUUUUUUUAUCUAUUUAUUUUUUUUCUAUUUGGAGGGGGUGGGCAUUGGGGGUUGAAUGAUUAAACUUGUAGAGAUUUACGAUUUUUUAAAUAUUAAAAUAGAAAAUAAAAAUAAAAUGACUGAUACUCUCUCGUACUGAAAUACAUUCUUUGUGGGUGGAUUACCUUAGGCAGGAAUAGAAGAGAUUUCUGAGACCUUUCUGUUUACAUGUGUAAGCAAAAUUGGAGAAAUGUGAAUUCAGCAGACUUAAAGUGACACGCAUACAGGUGCAUCAUUCCUCAAGCUUUACAGGAAAAAGGAAUAUGUAUUUUCCUACAUUUAUGAAUGUAUCUUCCCCAAAAAUGCUCUGUUACCCAGGUACUUGGGUAUAAAAACGUCUUACCUUCUAAGAAAUUUGUCAUUCGGACUAUGAAGUGACCGGUAACUAAUAUAUACUUAGUUUUUGAUGUUAUGUAGUAAUGUAGAAUUGAUUUUAAGUAGAUAGAAGCGGAGGGCCAUUCAUAAUUCAGAAAGGGGAAACAGUAAGUGUAAUCUAAGGUCAAUUUUUUGUUGAGAUGAAUCACAGUUUUAAUUAAAAUUUUGUUUUUGCCUUUUAUCUGUAAUCUCAGGAAAAAAAAGUAUAUCAAAUCCAAAGACUGGGAGACCAGAUUCAGUUGAUAUUAUGCUGAUAACAAAGAACAAUCCUUUUGCUCAGUGAUAACCAUAGAUGGACAACUGUUUUCUAUGAUAGCAGGUGCUUCAGUUCUUCACUGUGUGUUCCUCUUAAGGGAAGGAUAGUAUUACAUUCCAAACACUGAUACACAUUAGACAAAGGUUACACUGUUGAGAACAUUUGCUCUUUAUAAAAUUGUCUCCAUGUUUGCAGUUUAGGGAUAACAUUCUUUAGGCAGGUAUUAAUAUUUCGCACAAUGACAGGUAUCAUAGAGAUGGAUGAGGUCGGUGUACAUGUCCACAAUUUUAUUCAUUUAACAUUUAGUAUUUUCGUCAUUUUGUAAUAAAAGAAGAACGAUAA